GCGGUCGACGCGCGUUCCUCGUGCCGCGACCCGAUGGCCGCUCCGCAGGGGCCGCUGCCCCCAGAUCAUGCAACAAAAGAGCCGGUAGAGGAUACAGAUCCCAGCACUCUUUCCUUGCCAAUGACGGAAAAAUAUCCUGUCCAAGACACAGGAGUACCUAAAGAUGAGGAAUACCAAACAGAUCAAGUUACAUUGGAAAUUGCAUCUGUGAACAUCAGGAGUCUUACAUCAGAUUCUGGCCUCAUCCAGCAGCCAGAAGACAAAGACACUCAAAACCAUACUGACAAAUCGCUUUCAGAUCUCAAGAAAACUUGCAAAGAAAAUACCACCUGCUCCUUGUGCUUAUUCCGUGCACCGACCAUCAGUGACAUGCUCGAUGACGAGGACUUGUUGUACACAGUGAGGCUAAAGCUGGAUCCCUGCCACCCAACAGUGAAAAACUGGAGGAAUUUAGCAAGCAAGUGGGGGAUGACUUACGAUGAAUUGUGUUUUCUUGAACAGAAGCCCCAGAGUCCCACCUUGGAGUUUUUGCUACGGAAUAGUGACAGGACUGUGGAGCAGCUGAUUGAGCUCUGCAAAUUUUAUAAGAGAAUUGAUGUUGUGAAAGUGCUACUGAAGUGGGUGGAGGAGGAAUGGCCCAAGAGAGGAAACAGAAGUUACCAGAACGACUUGUAGGUCAGAGAAAGUGGUUAGUUUCUGCUUGUUAAAUGUUGGGACUAGCUGCAACUAGUAGAUGGAAAGUUUCUCUUGUGACAGAGAAACAGUCUGUACUGGCAGUCUGUAUACUGUGUAAGCUUUUGUACUGUAUACACAUAUAUAUGGUCUGUGCCCUCAGGGUUGUAAAGAUAACCUUUCAAAAGUGGAUAGAAUAAUGCAGGUUGUGUUUUUGAGUCUACAAACACCUUUAUUUUCUUUGCUGCUGUUUGUAGGCUUCCUAAACAGAAGAAGAAUGAAAAAGCCAGACCAGUGGUAUAAUUGCAACAGUUGUGAGCCAUGUCAGUCAGUUGUGUGUUGUCGCUGCUGGGAAAGCUGCACUUAGAAGGCAAGUCUCUUAGCUUUUCUGACAGCCUUUCCACAGUUUUUGUGUUCUGCCUGCUAGAAGACAAGAGGAUAAUUCUUUUUCUUUCUAAUUUUUAAGCUUUAUGACACUGUAUUUGGCACAGACACAACGUGAUUGCCCAAGCAGCAGUUUGGAUUUGCAUGUUUGAAUUAAUUGAAUGUUUGAACAUCACAUUCAUGCAAAAUUAAGUUCUGAGUCUCUUUUUAUGAACAGGACUAAAUGUGAAAAUAAUUGCAUGUUUCUAUGUCAUAGGGCUUACAUUUCCUAUGAAGAAAUCAUCCAAUUCAGAGAUACUUUCCAGCCCAUAAAUCCCCUUCCCCCAAACGGACACAGAAAAGCCCACCACAGUUAACAUGCUUCAUAGUUAAAACUAGUUUCCAUAGUCUUGAAUAAACUGUUCACUCUGAGUGUUCUUUGAUGUUUUGCUCAAAUGCCUCUCAUUUUGUAGUGUGAGGUCACAAUGAACAUCUCACUCACAAUGUAUCCUUAGUACCAAGUAUAACUUCCUUGUUCAUAAGCGGUCUUCUUCACAGCCUUCCUGUUGUCUGACCUGAUUUCUGUCCUGUACCAAAGCGGUUGAACGCUUGCAUGAAAGUAGCACAAGCUUAUGUAUUGAUUAAAGCCACUGUAAUAGGAAAUCCACAGGUUGAUUUGCCUACAGGUCUAAGUGGAUGGUGAUUAAAGCACUUCUGUUGGUUUAGACUGAUAUAUCAAAGGCUGUUGAUAUACUGAAUUACACUGUUUACAUUGAAGAUAUGUCUAGAAUUUUUUACCAUUCUUUGGUAUUCUAAUAGUUUAAAAAAAAACUGAAAAAUCAGUUGUAUAAUAGGCUGUAUAAGGUACUUAUUGUUGUAAUGGCACAUACACACACCAAUGCUGUGACUUAAAAAUAUUUCUAGUUGUCACCCUUACUAAAACAUCUCAGAUGAUACUAAUAUGUACGUAGAUGUAUAUAAUGUAGCAGUGGUGAACAGCAUGUUAAGAUGUAGGGUAUGAAGGGUAUGGACUGAUGUACUGUUCACUUCGCUCAAGUAGGAAUGACUAAUUAAGAAUUAAUGGCACAGCUGAGGAAAGUCUGUCAGGUUGCAUUCCAAGUUUCUUAAUGUAAGAGAAUGAAAAGGGACAUCUAGUAGUAACAUAGGUACUGGCACAAAUGGUUACUGAGGAGUUAAAUAUAAAGACUGUAACUUCUUUGAUUUCAAGCACUAGUUCUGGGGAUGAUCUAAAUUAGCUUUACUGCAGUGUCCUCAAGAAACUGAAGAUCUAGUUUCAAGGUAAAAAGAGUGACCUACAGUUGAUGUUUGAAUUUUUAUUUUUUUAAAGCUUGUGGAAGGACUGGAGUUUUGACAACUGUGUGUAUAUAUAAUUUUUCAUUGUUCCCUCAGAAAAGCUGCUACUCUUCAGAACAGUAUGUCUUCUAGCCAUAUUUUUAAGUGGAAGAUAUAUUGCUCUGUCUCGCAGGGGUUGCAGUUCGAACGCUUCACUUCUGUCGUCUUCAGAUGGAGUCUUCUGAUAGAUGUGUGAACUCUUGCAGCUCAUCUUCUGUCUUUAGUUAGGGGUUCUGGAAUCAGCUUUGAGGAUUGCUGCUGUGGCUAGGCUCUCUGCUAGAUACAGAGGCAUCCACUGUGUACAUGCAAAUUGCCCAUAUGCAGCUUGUCCAACAUAAUCCCCAUACCUUAGGCCCACCACAUGCAUGAUUUAUGAUCCUGUGUCUGUGUCUUAAGUUGUUCUUAUAAGUGAUGAGGGCUGGCAUGUCUACCCACAGCUUUUCUCUCCUGUGACCUAGUACAGUUAUAUACGUGUGGUAGUACAGUAUGCUUUGCUGUGGAUGCAGUCCAUUAAGGAAUCUAGCUGGAGCCCUUGUAUGAUGGCUCACAAAUGGGAACACACAUUGAUGUAGUAUCAUUUCUGAAUCAGCAAGUCCAACUGAAAUCUUCUUCUCUUCCUGUUUUCUGGCUAUAAUUAGUAAGCUUCUGAACAAAUGCUGUUGUGUAGUGGAAGCUAGUUCUGAUCCCCUGAAACUCUUGAAAAAUCAAUGUGAGCUGCAAGGAUUCAUACUGGAAAAUAAAGCUGCUUUUGAGAGUUUAUAUGUGGGUUCUGUGUGAAUUCCACACUGAAGGCUGAAAGUGUUAGCCUUAAACUUCAUCACACACUGGAUAACUCAUUUGUAUACUUGAAAUAUUUUUUCAUCUUUGUAUGGCAUGAAUUGAGGUGUACGCAGUUUUUUUAGUUUUGUAUCUAUUUGCAAGACACUGGUCUGAGUGUUCACUUUAAGCAUUCUUAUACCUUCUGUUAUAAUGUAUACUAUAUUUAGAAAAAAUACAGUUUAUCAGUUUUUGA